AUGGCUCGCGACUGCCCAUCUCAUCCAUCCGUAACGGUCAAUGAUCCAGAUGUGCAUGGCGGACAUUCGCCCAGUUGUGAACGGAAAGAGAAUAGCGCAAUUUUAUUUCUGUCUUUCUACUACAAGUGUUCUGUUGUUGUUUGUUCAUGUGGAGCUGAUUACGGUGCUUCACGUUUGAACUCGAAUGGGCGCCACUUUGGUCAGUUCCUAGCUAGGACCUGA